UUAACCUGUAAACAUGAUAUAAACAUCUAUCCCCACCCCCAGUGCAUUUUACAAUAUCGCAAUUUACGCAUCGUCACUGACUUUUGAUUACGUCGGCCAGAUCGGCCCGCAGUAGCAGACAGAACGCAGCGUCGCACGGUUUUUUCUGCUUCACCCGAAACAAAUCACGGUCAAGAUGAUGCUCAGCAAGGUGUUCAAUCCGAGAAUAUGCCAAAGGGUGGCACGACCAUUCUCGGCGACCGCUGGGACCGUUCCAGGAUAUAAUUUUGAAUUAUCCGAUACUCAGAAGGAGAUGCAAGACCUGGCACGGAAAUUCACCAGAGAGGAGAUCAUACCAGCGGCUGCGGAAUUUGACAGGACUGGAAAAUAUCCGUGGGAACUUCUCAAAAAGGCAUGGAGCGUCGGUCUCAUGAACAAGUCCAUUCCACAGUAUCUUGGUGGCUUGGAAAGUGGCAUUUUUGAUAGCUGCGUGGUUGCAGAAGAACUGGCGUACGGGUGUACAGGAAUAACAACUGCGAUAGAUGGCUCGAGUCUUGGACAAACGCCAGUCAUCAUAGCUGGGACCAAGGAACAGCAGAAGAAGUAUCUCGGAAGACUCCUGGAGGAGCCACUUGUCGCGGCAUAUUGCGUUACCGAGCCUGGCGCGGGAUCCGACGUGGCAGGAAUUAAGACGAAAGCCGAGAAGAAAGGAAAAGAGUGGAUCAUCAACGGCUCGAAGAUGUGGAUCACGAAUGGCGGCGUUGCCAACUGGUAUUUUCUUCUGGCGAGAACAAAUCCAGAUCCAAAAGCCCCAGCCAACAAAGCUUUCACGGGCUUCAUCGUGGAACGUGAGAGCGACGGUGUGACUCCCGGCCGCAAGGAAUUAAAUAUGGGACAAAGAGCGAGCGAUACACGGGGCAUAACGUUUGAGGACGUUCGCGUGCCUGAAGAGAACGUGUUACUAGGAGAGGGCCAAGGUUUCAAGAUAGCUAUGAAGACUUUCGACCGAACACGACCAGGAGUUGCAGCAGCGUCCGUUGGUCUAGCUCAGAGGGCUUUGGACGAGGCGACCAAGUACGCGCUGGAGCGCAAGACGUUUAACAAACCGAUCGCGGAGCACCAAGCGGUGGCGUUCAUCCUGGCGGACAUGGCCAUUGCCGUCGAGACCUCCAGGAUGUCGUGGAUGAAAGCGGCCUGGGCCACCGACAUGGGAUUACCGAAUUCCACGAUGCUCGCCAGUAUUGCAAAGUGUUACGCGGCUGACGCAGCCAACAAGUGCGCCACGGACGCCGUACAGAUUUUCGGUGGCGCGGGUUUCAAUUCCGAGUACCCGGUGGAGAAACUGAUGCGCGACGCCAAAAUAUUCCAGAUAUACGAGGGCACCGCGCAAAUACAGAGAUUGAUCAUAUCGCGCUAUCUCUUCGGCGACGCGAAGCAAAACAGUUAAAGGAGACUGUAAUAAUAAAGACCAACAAACCAUUCUGAUAAGUGAAUUGAACCGGAGUUUUUUGUAAGUUGGGGCCUCCAGGUAUAAUGAUCUUUUCUCGUUUUCUCGGAGAGUUUUCUAAUAAGCCCUACUACAUCAUUUAUAUAACAAAGAAUGUAUUGAAACGUUAAUUGUAUAUGAUAUUUUUGUAGUUUUAUAACGCAAUGUGCAAAUGAUGUAUUUUAUAUAAAUCUAUUUCAUAUGUACAGUAUAUCGAUAUAAAGAAAUGUUUUAUAUCAAGAUUUUUGUUAAAUGUACAAAAUAUAUUCGAUGGUCACAUAUCUCAAAA